UCCACAUGUAAACAGGCUGAGUGCACAUGCGCAUGUCUACCGGAACUGAGUCGAGCUAACAUUCAACAUGGCGUUAAGCAAAACAUACGGACAGAAACCCAUUAAAUUCCAGCUGGAGGAGGAUGGAGACUUUUACAUGAUUGGAUCAGAGGUGGGAAAUUACUUGCGUAUGUUCAGAGGGUCUUUAUAUAAGCGCUACCCAUCACUCUCGAGAAGACUAGCGACAGUAGAAGAGAGAAAGAAGAUAGUUGCGUCCUCUCAUGAUCACGGUUACACCACUUUAGCCACCAGUGUGACGCUGCUGAAGGCCUCAGAAGUCGAGGAGAUAUUUGAGGGACAUGAUGAGAAGUACAAGGCUGUGUCGAUCAGCACUGAGCCUCCAGCCUAUCUCAGGGAGCAGAAAGCCAAGAGAAACAGCCAGUGGGUUCCCACUCUUCCCAACAGUUCCCAUCACCUGGAUGCUGUUCCUUGCUCCACCACAAUCAACCGCAACCGUAUGGGCCGUGACAAAAAGAGGACCUUCCCCCUCUGCUUUGAUGAUCACGACCCAGCUGUCAUCCAUGAGAAUGCCACCCAGCCUGAAAUUUUGGUGCCCAUCAGACUGGACAUGGAGAUUGAUGGGCAGAAACUACGGGAUGCUUUCACAUGGAACAUGAAUGAAAAGCUUAUGACUCCAGAGAUGUUUGCUGAAAUCUUGUGCGAUGACCUGGACCUGAGCCCACUGACCUUUGUUCCUGCCAUUGCAUCAGCAAUCAGACAGCAGAUAGAGUCCUACCCCACAGACAGCAUACUGGAUGAGCAGAUGGACCAAAGAGUCAUUAUCAAGUUAAACAUACACGUUGGGAACAUAUCUCUGGUGGAUCAGUUUGAAUGGGAUAUGUCCGAGAAGGAGAACUCUCCUGAGAAUUUUGCACUUAAGCUGUGCUCUGAGCUGGGCCUGGGGGGAGAGUUUGUCACCACUAUCGCAUAUAGCAUUCGGGGCCAGCUUAGCUGGCAUCAGAGGACAUACGCUUUCAGUGAGAACCCUCUCCCCACAGUGGAGAUUGCCAUCAGAAACACAGGUGAUGCUGACCAGUGGUGUCCACUGCUGGAGACGCUGACAGAUGCUGAGAUGGAGAAGAAGAUCAGGGACCAGGACAGAAACACAAGGCGGAUGAGGCGACUUGCAAACACAGCCCCAGCAUGGUAAAGAUAAUUGCACAUUUCCACAACUAUGUAAACCUAAAGAGGCAGAGGAAACAUCAAUAGAGCUACAACCCAGCAUUACUGACAUUUAGACAUUCCACUGGCCAGACUUCCAGUCAAGAUCCAGUCCCUCCAGAUCAGAGUUUAGAGUUGAGCAACUUAAUAUCUACUGUAAACUGAGUACCAUCUGCUCCAGUCUGGCCUUGUCAAAAGUCCUGUGUCGUGACCUUUCCCUAUACCCAAUAUCUGUCUACUCAGAGACAGAUGGUGUCUGAAAAGUUGAGAGGAUUUUAUGGUAUCUUGUUUUGUGUUUGUGUAUAGAAGCCAAUUUGUAAACAAUGUACUUUUAAAUAAAAUCGUUAAGAACAAUUAUUUCCUGUUUGUGUUAU